AUGACUGACCUGGGAGGAAAGAUGUGUGCUUCUGAGAGGGCUGUUGCAGACUGGUUCUGGGCAAAUCUCUUCCUUCUUAAUGGAGAGAAGACCCAAAGAAUUGUGUUUGGCCUCAGGAAUGGAGUACUAUAUGAUUUCCCUCCAGUGAAGCUCCUUGGCUUCACUCUGGACCGUAAGCUUUCCUGGGGCGGGCACAUUCAGGUAGUCUGUGGUUGGUUAAGCAGGGUGCUGUUUUUGCUCAGGAGCCUGAGAAGAUGUGUACCAGAGGCCCAUCUCUGCAUGUGUUACUUCGCCUUCUUUCAAAGUGUGAUGGCAUAUGGCAUCACCUUGUGGGGUAGUGCCUCUGAGGUAAAAGAUAUACUGCUGGUGCAGAAGAAGGCCAUUCAGAUUCUUUGUGGGGCAGAAUUUUUAGCACAUUGUGAGCCUCUUUUUGUGAAUAAAAAGAUUCUCACUGUAUUCAAUCUUUACAUUCACAGUGUCCAAAAAGAUUAUUCAAGCAGUGAUAAAAUUUUGAAUUCAACUUUGAAAGGCUUCCCGAAUUUUGGCCAAUUCGGGUACAAGGUGGUUCCGAAUGUAGGACUGUGGGACCAGGUGGCAGCAUUGAAGUGGAUACAACGCAACAUUGCUGCGUUUGGAGGAGAUGUUGAUAGAGUCACACUUGCCGGAGUGGCUGCUGGAGGUGCUAGUGUCAACUAUCAUAUCAUCUCUGAGGCAUCAAAAGGUCUAUUCCAAAAGGCGAUAUCAGUGGGUGGGUCGGCACUGUGCCCGUGGGCCUAUGCCUCGCAAUCAGUAAACAACACGUUGAAAGUGGCUCUCAGUGUCAAAGAAGAUUGCCCAAAAGAAGAAGCUGAAGCCUGUUUCUUGACCGCUGAUAUAGAUGAUAUCGUAAAAAAGAGUGCUGGAUUGUAUGUCUUCCAGAAUCUGCCCCUAAGCCCCCUAGGGCCAGCGGUUGAUGAUGACUUCCUGAUAGCUGAGCCGAAUGUCCUAAUGAGGGCUCAUCAUGCCCAGCCCAUACCCUGGCUUGUCAGCGUCAGUACUGACUACUCACUAUAUCCGAAUUUCGAUUUCAUCAGUAAGAUAGACACGGAAUACCAGCAUGAGAACUACUUCCGGCUAGCGCCACAAAUUCUGGGUUUGGUUGAUCGACUCGACGAUGAAAUUAUGAACGAGGUUCUCUGGCAAAUCAGAGAGCACUACACAAAGAAAGUCUUCAAUGGUAAUGAGUCGGCAGAAGUCUUCAGUCAGAUGGUGAGCGAUCGCAUGUACACAACGGGAAUAGUGGAAGCAGCGCGACUACAUGGAUUGACCCUCAGGAAAUUGCAGACAGACGAGGCGAGAAUGUCUAUUUGGAAGAAGUUCAAUCUGCCGGGCAAUUAUCAUUUUACGGAUGACUAUUUCGAGAAACAAGUGAAAGCGAUCUAUGAUAAAAAAGUUUAUAUGUACAAGUACAACUACAAGUUUAAUAGGGUGGUCGACUUCCUGGUGUCUCCAGUCACGCGGUGGGCCAACUUGCAUCGAGAAGAGUUUGCACUACUGACAAGAGACGAGCUUCAAAGCGCUGAUGACACACCCGAUGAAGAGGACCAGAAGAUUGAGGUCCAAAUGCGUAAAUCGAUUACGUCACUGUGGGCAAGCUUCAUUGAUGAGGGAAUAUGCUACGAGCGAUACAACAGAACCACCUACUAUUAUCCAGAUAUAUUCGAUAACUAUACUACAAGGGACAGUUUAUCAAUAUGCUUCACAGAAGUUCAAGGUCCUAAUGUGUAUUUAGGUCACUUUUACGCCUUCGACUUAGGUCAGGCUCACUACUGGCGCGAUCUGCCCAUUCAGGAUUUUGAAGAAUUUGAUGACUUUGAAACGUUCGAUGAAGAUGACGGGGAUGUGUGGAGACCAAUAUAGUAGGCUACUGAGUAGAUACAGAAUAAUGACUCCUGGCGUCAACCAUGAUGAUAGAUAAGAAUGUGGGUUCUAGCAGAAAAUUGACAAUAUAAUUGCUGUAGCUUUGUUUAUGUAUUUUUUGUUCAAAUUUGGUCCCAGACUCGAAGUUUUUUCCAGGUUACCAGUCUGAUUCAAUUGAAUUCACUCUCAUUACGAGGAAAUUAAAUUACUGAAGAUUCAACAUUGAUGUAGAAUCAUAAUAUUCUCAGCCAGUGUGUUAAUCAUUAGUUGAACAAAAUUUCACAAUGUGAUUUACAAUGAUUGCAAGAUUUUUUAGUAUUCUACGUGGUUAAAGGCUUAACAAGAUAUUGUUUAAUUUGUGUAAAUAAACAUGCUCUGUGAAAUAUUA